AUGUGGCGCCAAGUGACCUCCGCUGCUUCACGGCUCUCUCUUCAUGCAUCGGCCUCUCCGAUUCGAUCGCUGAGCACGCGACGCACGGCGUCGCCUGCGACUAUUUCGGCUUUGAAAGGGCUACUGGGAGAUCGCCUGUCAACGUCUCGUUCAGUGCUCGAGCAACACGGCACUGACGAGUCGUAUCACAAAGUCUCCCCACCGGAUGCUGUCGCUUUCGUGGAGUCGACCGAAGAGGUCUCGGAAGUGAUCAAAAUUUGUGCCGCUGCUGGGACUCCUGUCAUCCCGUUUGGCGCUGGUUCGUCUCUUGAGGGACACAUUUCCGCUACGUAUGGAGGUGUCUCUAUCGACCUGACUGGAAUGAACAAGAUUCUCAAGGUAGAACCGGAAAAUAUGAGUUGCCGAGUGCAGGCUGGUGUGACGCGAGAGUUGCUGAACACGGAUCUGCGAGCCACCGGCUUGUUUUUCCCAGUGGAUCCAGGUGCUAACGCCAGUAUCGGAGGCAUGAUCAACACGAAUGCGUCUGGCACGACCACCGUUCGUUACGGCAACAUGAAGACAAAUGUGAUGGCUCUCACUGCUGUCAUGGCCGAUGGAAGAAUCAUCAAGACCGGAUCGAAGACGCGGAAAUCCUCGGCUGGAUACGACCUCAUGCGGUUGAUCAUCGGCUCGGAAGGAACUCUCGCUGUGGUUACUGAGGCCGAACUGCGUCUCUUUGGCAACCCUGAGGCGGAGAAGACAAUGAUUUGCUCAUUCAACACGAUGAAAGACGCGGUGGAGACGUGUGCGGUAGUCAUGCAAAUGGGUAUACCAGUGGCACGUAUGGAGUUGAUGGACGAGAACGCGGUGGAGGCGAUCAACAAGUACUCGAAGCUGGACAACCCCGUGCGUCCAUCUCUGAUUAUCGAGCACCACGGCUCUAAUGGAGAAGUGGAGGAACAGAGUGCUAUUGUAGUGGAGAUUGCCAAUGAUUUUGAAGCGAAGGAUAUUGAACUAGCUACGAGUGCUGAGGAUCGCAAGAAGCUUUGGAGUGGACGUCACACUGCGUGGUGGGCUACGUUGAGUCGAAUGCCAGGAAGCCGUGGGCUUGUCACGGACGUUGCGGUGCCACCGUCGAAGUUGGCGAAUAUCAUUGUCGAGACUCAAGCUGAUCUUAAGGAGACCGGGUUGUUUGGAGCCAUUGUCGGACACGUCGGCGACGGCAACUUUCAUGUUAUGAUGCCAUUUUACCAGGACAAACCUGAGCUCAUGACCAAGGUGAAGAGCUUCUCGAAUCGCCUUGUGGAACGUGCGCUGGCUUACGAGGGAACAUGCACUGGCGAGCAUGGCGUCGGCCUCGGAAAGAUGAAAUACUUGUCCAUUGAGCACCGCGACAGUUUGGAUGUGAUGCACACCAUUAAGAAGGCCUUGGAUCCCAAAGACAUCAUGAAUCCGGGCAAGAUGUUCUAUGGCACAGCGCAGAGCUAG